ACUGCUGUUCAGCGUCUCACUUUUGAAAUCCCCGCAAACCUUCUGCCCGUGUUUUGCUCUAUCACUCUGCACUCACGAUUAAGAUGGCGGUUGAGAUCAGGAGCCUGGUGGAGGAUUACUGCAGAUACCUGAGGUCUUAUGAGGUGUUUCUGGAGAGCUCAUCUGAACACCAGUGUAUGAGAGACUUCAUCUGUACUAAACUGAAAGACAUCCUGACCAUUGUUGGAGCGGAAAAAUCCACUCUAAAUGUGCUGGGAGUGGGAAGUGGAUCAGGUGAGGUCGAUCUGGAAAUCCUCACACAGCUGCACGCUAAACAUCCCAACGUCAACGUGAAGAACGAGGUGGUGGAACCCAAUGAGGACAUGAUGAAUAAAUUUAAAGAUUUAGUAUCGAACACACCGGUCCUUGAUCACAUCACCUUCAGGUGGAAUAAGAUGACAUCAUCUGAGUUCGAGAGUGACUGGAAGCAGAGAAACAUUGACAAGAAGUGGGACCUCAUUCACUUGAUUCAGAUGCUGUACUGUGUGACAGACCCAGGCGCGACAAUUUCCUUCUUCCGAAGCUUACUUCACAAAGAAGGAAAACUCCUCAUCAUCUUGGUCUCAACACAGAGCGGGUGGGGCAGAUUAUGGAGAACCUACCGAGCCCAGCUGUGCAAGACGGAGAUCAUUCAGUGCAUCACAUCCGGAGACAUCAAGAACAUUCUGGAUGCUAAAGGAAUCCCCUACCAGAGCUACUCCCAUCCCUCUCAGAUGGACAUCACCGAGUGUUUCACAGCUGGAGAUGAGAAAGGAGAGCUGAUGCUGGAUUUCCUGACCCUGGUCAGGGAUUUCAGUAAGUGUGCUUCUCCAGAGCUGAAGGCCGGAGUGCUGGAGCUCCUCAGACACCCCGAGUGCAGCCAGGAGGUGGACGGCAGGGUCAUAUUCAACAACAACCUCGAGGCCUUAGUGCUCAACCCAUAGUGCUGAAGAUUUUUGUUAAAUGAAUCUGUCCCUUGCUGACUGCUGUUAGUUGUAAUUGCUUUUAAAUUGUUUAUCCAUCAAUUAGUUUAAGAUCGACAACACAUAGCAUGAAAAGGCUCUCUUUGCCCUCAUGUGAGGAUAUCACAGUUUCUCUAAACUACAUUGAGUGUACUGUAUAUCCCUUAUAUAAAGUCCUCAUAAAGGC